UACAUGAUGGCGGUGUCCAUGAUGGCUCUGGCACAUUGACUUCGCCUGGAGCUGUGUGGUUUUACUCUCUGCUAAACUCAGAACUAAGGACGUUUGUCUCUACAUGACAUUAACCGAAAUCCUCGCCAGUGAACCUUCAAUGAACUGAACCGCAGACCAUGGCGCUUCAUAGACUGUCCUUCAGACUACGGCAAACGGUAACACAUGUAAGGACUCUUCAUACCAGUGAAUGUGGGCACCAGCAGGAGGCUGUGGCUGUAGAGUCAGAACCUGAGCCUUUCUCAGUUUUCAGAACGCAGGAGAAAGAUCCGCUGGUGAACUCACUAUUUGUGUAUUUCGAGGCGUGUCAGUCUGAGAAACAGGUCGGACAGUUUUACACUCUGCCCCCUGCACACGUCCGUACUGCAUUCCCUCAUGGCUUUCCUUGGCGCUAUCAACAACAGGUAAAGACGUUCAAUGAGGCCUGUAUAAUGGUGAGGCAGCCUGCCCUGGAGGUCAUCUCGUACCUGAAGAAAACAGACUACAGCAAACCUGCACAGCGAUAUUUAUUCUAUGGGUUGAAUGGCAGUGGGAAGACGAUGUCUCUCUGUCACACAGUCCACUUCUGCUACACACAGGGGUGGCUGGUGCUGCAUAUUCCUGAUGCCCACCUUUGGGUGAAGAACUGUAAAGAGCUGCUGCCCUCAUCCUAUAACACUUCUCGCUUUGACCAACCAUUACAAGCUGCUGAAUGGUUACGCAGCUUCAGAAUCACCAAUGAGCAAUUCCUUUCAAAGAUAAAGACAAAGCACCGUUAUGUGUGGACAAAGAGAGAGUUCACUGAAGAGGGAAGUCUUCUAGGACAGCUGGUGGAUCAGGGUAUUUCUCGUGUGAAGAGCAGCUGUGAUGUGGUGGGGGCGGUGAUGAAGGAACUGAGGCUGCAAAGCGGGCAGCCCGAGUCAAACUUCCACCUGGCCGUGGCUGUGGAUGCUGUCAACGCCCUGUGGGGAAGAUCCACUAUCAAGAAAGAGGAUAGGAGCAGUGUGGAUCCAGAGGAGCUCACUUUGGUUUAUAAUCUGAGGAAGCUGAUGAGGAACGACUGGACUGGAGGCGCCAUCAUCACCACUGUGUCUCAGACGGGCUCUCUCUACAUGCCAAAAUCUGCCUACUUGCCUCACGAGCUGCUGGGAGAGAGAGGUUUCAACAACAUGGACCCGUUUAUCCCGGUGUCAGUGCCCAACUACAGCGAGAAAGAGUUUGAGAGCUGUUACCUUUACUAUAUGGACCGUCACUGGCUGCAGCAUCCACAGAGCCGAACAGAGGAUGGGAAGAAAGAACUCAUCUUUUUGAGCAACAGAAAUCCAGCGAUGUUGGACAGAGUUUGUUCCUUCCUAUAAAGUCACACAAACACUUAAAUCACACACACAAUAUCAGUGUCUGAGAAAGACAUACACAUACAAACGUCCAUGUCUAUGAUGUGUAAAUUACAAUUCAUGUGUGCUACUUUGAUAAUAAAAUGAACAAAGUAAA